UACAUGAAUCAUGACAUGUUAGUGCCGGAGAGGUGGGAGAGCACUCAGGUCAAUAUAAAGGCCCUCCAGACACAGUCACUCACAGAGGCACACAGUGCAGAAAACAUGGAGAUUCUAGUUGUAGCUGUACUAUUAGUGACUGUGGGACAGUCGUUUACCAAACCCGUUCCUGCAAACAAGACGGACACUUGGCUAUUAGGAGAGCGAUAUCUCAGACGGUUCUACGGCAUGCAACCCGGCCUGCUGGGAAACCCCAAAUCUUCAGAUGUGAUGACUGAGAAGAUCCGCGCCAUGCAGUCAUUCUUCAAGCUGGAGGUCACUGGGAAGCUGGACGACAACACACUGGAGGUCAUGAAGAAGGCCAGAUGUGGUGUGCCAGAAGUAGCAGAGUACAAUCUCUUCCCCAGGAAGCCCAAAUGGCAGAACACGCUUGUGACAUUCAGGGUAACAAACUACACUCCUGACCUGGAGAAGGAGGAUGUGGAUCGAGCCAUUCAUAAUGCCCUGAAGGUCUGGAGUGUUGUGACUCCUCUGAAGUUCAAGCGGCUGCGUGAAGGAAUCGCCGACAUCAUGAUCAGCUUCGGGAGACGAGAACAUGGAGAUCACAACCCCUUCGACGGCCCUGAGGGACUCCUCGCCCAUGCUUACCCACCAGGAAUAGGCAUCGGUGGAGACACACACUUUGAUGAGGAUGAAAUAUGGACAAAAGAUUCACAUGCAUAUAACCUGUUCUUGGUAGCGGCUCAUGAAUUCGGUCACGCUCUCGGCAUGGCUCAUUCUAAUGAUCCUGGCUCGCUGAUGUACCCGGUUUACUCGUACACCAGUGGGUUCCCUCUGUCUGAAGAUGACAUCAAAGGCAUACAAGAACUCUAUGGCCCCAACCCAGAUCACAAGAAGGUCAAACCCCAGCCUGAGGCUCCAAAAAAGUGUGACCCUGAGUUAAGCAUCGAUGCCGUGACAGAGCUCCGUGGAGAGGUGCUCAUUUUCAAAGACAGAUAUUUCUGGCGUGUACACCCACAGUUCACUGAACCUGAACUCGCACUCAUUCAAUCCACAUGGCCUCAACUCCCAAAGAAAGUAAACGCAGCUUAUGAGAACUCAGAGAAAGACAUCGUCAUCAUAUUCAGUGGUAUCAGAAUGUGGGCCCUUAACGGUUACACCCUGGUGCCAGGCUACCCAAAAUACAUCCACACUCUGGGACUCCCUAAAUCCAUCCGCAAAAUAGAUGCUGCGGUUUACAUUUCUGACACGGGCAAGACUCUGCUCUUCACUGACGAGGAGUACUGGAGUUACAAUGAACAGAGUGGCACCAUGGAUCACGGAUACCCCAGGUCCAUAAAGGACGACUUUCCUGGGAUGCAAGAGAGAGACGGGGACGAGGUGGACGAGGUGGAUGCUGCCACCUACAAGAAUGGAUACUUGUACUUGUACCAUGAGAACCUGCAGUAUGAGUACAGCUACAAUAGACGGAAAGUCGUACGCAUGAUGAAAGCCAAUGACCUGCUGAACUGCUGAGCUCUUACAGUGCACAUGUCUCAAAACAUUUACUUUAUUACUUACUUUUUAAAACAAAGUGUGAUAGUUCAUUUUUUUAUUUGUGAAUUUGUAACUACUGAGCUGGUUCGGUUAAAAAAGUAGCAGUUCUGAUUAUUUAUGCAUGUAUUUAUAGUUUGGUGAAAUUGUACCUAAGGGCAGUGUUCAUAACGCUACAUAACACCAAUAUAAUCCCUUUAUGACAGGUGUCAGGUGUCAUCAAGACCUCUUUUCACUUGUCUCUGGUGUAGUAUGUACAUUUGACAUCAUAAUUGGCAAAAGCGCUGUUUAUAACAAUUGACAUAAGUCAUCAGAUGUCAUAUUGUCAGUUUAGAUGUCACCUAACUCAGGUUUUAUGUCAACUUGAUGUCAUAAUUCACAAAAGAAGUAUAGCAAUUAACAUAAACCUAUAUAGAUCUUAUUCCAGAUAAAGGCUUAUUCCAACAGGUGUGUGGUGUUAUAAAGACUGUUUUUGUCAAUUAUGAUGCCAUUUGUGUCAGGUGUUAUAACAACCUGACAUCAUCAUUGACAAAAACAGUCUUUAUGACAAUUAAUAUAAACUUUCAUGUAUGUUAUGUCAUGUACUGAUUUUAUGUACUCAUAAAGUCAGUCAUAAUGUCAAGUUUACAUAACACCUGAGUCAAGUCACAUCAUAACUGACAAAUAGUCUUUAUGUCACCUGUUGGAAUAAGCCUUUACAUGGAAUAAUAUCUAUGUAGUUUUAUCUCAAAUUCAUAAAGACGUCUUCUGAUAUAAUGUCUGAGUCAAUGACAUAGAAUUUUGAUGAAGUAAGGUUGUGUUAUGACAUGUUAUUACCAACAAGGUGUCUAGUACAGGACACAUUACCUUUAAUACCUUUACUUUAAUAACAUUACUUGUCAUCUUAUGUCACAUCUUCAUCAUGAAUUACACUGAGCUACAAAAUCAGGUGUCAUGACAUUCUAAUGUACUGUAAAUCAGCUCAGAAAGUGACAUAACACAACGCCAACAAAAAUCUACAUCAGUUUAUAACCUCUAUAACUGACCUUUAUAACCAGCUAUGUAGGUUUCUUGUAGCCUUCUGAACACUACCACUAAGUAAAGUUUUACAUACAGUUUCAUGAGUCUGGAACCAUGUUGAAUAAUUAAAAUUGUGAAAUGCCUUUCCUCUAAAUCUGACGUUGAUGUGACGAUGAAAUAAAGUGCUCUGUGUUGAUUCACGGACAGUGAAUAUUUAAUGCAUUAUUUAUUAGUACUUUAGGAAGGUUGAAAAAUGAAAUAAAUUCUUACAUAAAUAUUU